AUGAGCAGAAAUGUAGUACAUGCGCAAAUAUCAGUUGGGGAGUUUUCGGGUAAAGAUGUUUUCAUACAUAGAAUACCUUUCGAGCCACUGGGUGAAGAGCAGUAUCCCGUGCCCUACACACGUACACAGUUUCCAUUGCGCCAUUGUUUUGCGAUGACGAUAAAUAAAUCCCAAGGCCAGACACUAGACUUUGUUGGUAUUUAUUUGAGGGAGCCUGUAUUCUCACAUGGCCAACUCUACGUGGCUUUGUCAUGGGCCAAGAAAUCUUCAUCUGUUCGGAUGCUUAUUAAACCACCUCUUUGUACUGAAGCAAUGAUCAAUUUCACGAAAAGUAUUGUAUAUACGGAAGUGCUGGAAGUGGCUAAUAUCAUUUUACCGCCGUGA